AAGGAUCCUGUCUGGCUCACUUGAUCCACAGAACGUUAAGUGAACCGCAGCUAGAUACAGCAUCGACCAUGCUCUCUCAUCUCUUCAUUCUGAGUACAUUGACGGCCUCGUUGGUCCAGGGCCUGGCCAUAUUUGCAACCUACCCGACCCAAUAUGCGGCUGAGGGUUCCGGAUUGGUGACACCCACACAACAACAAUAUCUAAGCCAAGAUGUCCUGGGGCAAUAUGCUUACGGCUAUGCUGAGCCAUUGUCCAGCAAGCAUGAGACCCGCUCAUGGGACGGAACCACCCGUGGUAGCUAUAGCUAUCGCGAUGCCACUGGUAAAUUGCAAACCGUUGACUACACCGCCGACUCCGAUGGCUUCCAUGUGGCGGCCACCAAUUUGCCCACAGCGGCGAGUCCUCGUGCCGUUGUCCAAUCCCACAAUCAGAGCGAUGAAAAGGAUGUAUUGCCCCAACCCGUUGCCGAUACGGCUGAAGUGGCUGCUGCCAAAUCGUAUCACCUGAAACGUUUGGAGGCCGAGAAACAACGCAAUUAUAUAUUGGCACGCCGAUCGAAUGUGAUUGCUGUUCCAGCAGCCGUCCAUUAUACCAUUCCACGCUAUUAUAUUCCGCGUUUCUACUAUUGA